ACGUUGGAAUUCAAAGAGGAUUUUAACGGCUCAGAAUAUGAAAAAUCAUUUUCUUUCCAUAGAGUCAAGUCGAUCAUUGAGUUGUACAACUUUACCUUUCAUCAGUCGUCUAUCUUACGUCGCUAUUGACAGUACACGCUAAGUAAACAGAGACAAUGUCGCACUUGGCGAAAAUCCUCUCGCUAUUCCUGCUGGCGACGAUCUGCUGCAGCCUCAACGCCUCAGCCUCCCGACAUUCCAACGACAACGACGACGACGACCCGACGAACCUCAUCUUCGACCGGCAAUCCUACAAGAACGACAGCUACGUGAAGUUGAUUUGCACCAGGUAUAAUCCACAUCGUGGUGUCACCAAGUGCAAGAUCAGCGCCGUCAAGGCCAAGCCGGACAGGAACGACGUGCCUGAGCGCGAGCAGCACUGCGAAGUGUCGCUCGCGUCGGGUAGACAAGCGCUCAGAGGCGACGAGACGCAGGUGCUCCGUUUCGGCGCCGACAAGGCCAUCGUCAGCUGGCUGGCCCACGAGGGAACCGACGACUCAAACCUCACCCAUUGGCGAAUGAACGUCGUGCACUUCGACAACUGCACGCUUCAUCCGCCGAGUUUCAUGUGGAUCCGGCUGAGGUUAUACCGACCGGUGAGCUACGUCGUCUACGAGAACAGCUUCGACGUGGUGGUCGGAUCGGAGCAUUUUCCGGAGUGCCGGAUACCGUCCUCGGGACGCGACGUGCCCAGAUGCAGGAUCACCUUCGACGAACGAGGCAUGCCAGUUCACAGGGAUCCGGAUCACAGUUUCUGGUUCAAUCAGACGGUGCGCGACGACGACAUGAUCCUGGAGCCGUUGGACCAGGAGAGUCCGGCCAGUGGCCAUCUUCUCAUCGACACGAUCGCACCCGACGACGAGGAAGCAAACCAGACGACGACCGUACGAGCCGCCAUCGUCCAGCCGGACGGACAGAUCCUGGAGCUUCGCCGCUACGAGCAAUUUUGGUACAAGGGCGUGGAUCCCUACAAACUCGUAGCUCACUCGACGGCCCACGGCUUGAUCGGCGUCUGCGUCGGCCUCAUCGACAGGAACGAGUUCACCUGCAGCCAGUUCGAUCGUCGGGGUCAACUGAAAUUCGAGACGACGUCCGACGAGUUGUCGCUCAGUCUCGAGUUCGACGUGGUGAAUCUAGCCGAGGGAGGGAUGCUGCUCACCUACAUCCAGUGCACCGGACCGGGUCCGUGUCACAGCUCGCGCUGGCCGAUGUUUUUCAACACGGCGAGGAUCGACGGCAGCGACGGCAGCAUACUCACCGAUGUGUUCGCCGCGAGGGAGUGGAACGCGUGCCACAGGUGGCACGCGCGAGGCGACGUCAAACUGUACGAGCGGCAACCGGAGCAGCUGGGGCACUACUGCUUCACCGAGAUCUGCUACAAGGAUCGGAAGAAGUACCCCACGGACGGCGUCAGCUGGUUCGACUUUAAACCAAUCUGCUUUACCGAUCGGUCGCAGGUGUGGGCUUAGGACGGAGGCGAUACAUUGUUGUACUACUUUGAUUAUAUCACGACAGAUUCGUUGAUUGAUUUUGUUUGUGUUCCAUUUAAUGAAAAAAUUUCAUUCUUAUGAUUAUCAUACACGACUCCAAUAUGAAUAAAUAAAUAGUUUUUAGAAAUUUAA